AUGGCCCCUCAACAUCCCUCUAAUGGCUCAACUUGUGACUCACACGCCUUCGAGUCCCUAGAAUCGAUAGUGGAGUUAACAUUCAUUGCUCUUUUUUCACUAUGUGGCCUGGUUCUAGUAUAUAUCUAUAGCCUCGGGCGAAAACGGGCCCAUAGAAAUGGUCACGCAAAGGAGGGGGCACUUUGGACAGUUCUGGCAUUGUCUCUUGGAGCCGAACUAAUCCACGACAGAGUGCAUACGCUGGACCUUGCGAAUACAGUUUACGGCGAAUGUGCAUCAUCGUUUACGGCCAUACUUCCUAUCUUCACGAUCGGAAUUGCCAGCACCUGUCUCGAUCUUCUCUCCGGAUUUCUAUUACUUGCCGCCACGCUGCUUCCAAUAACUCGGUUGAUGUAUGAAUGUGCCGGUGGGAUAGUACCACGUGGUUCCUCGAUCAGCCAUAAAAUUCUUAUCGUGCUUAUGGGGGCCGACUUGAUUGCAUGUAUUGCAUUAUUGAUAUGGCUUAUCACCGAUACCAAUGUGGACAUCAACCUGGCCAAACGGUUUUUCAACGGGAUUUAUUCGGGCCUGACAGGGAUCUUCCUCAUCUUAUAUUAUGUGCUAGGACUUAUUGGAUCAUUAAUGGGUUUUAUCAACCAUAUAAUUGCGAUUAGGAAAGCUCCUCAGCUUCGCAGGAGUGGUAACUUGCGGACACUUGCACACCUUCUCACGAUAGCUCAAUUUUCCAAGUACGCCGUUCAUAUUGUCGUGAUAUGGGUCAAAGAUGACAUCGUGGGAUAUAUCCUCCAAAGGACAUUUCUACUUGUGGCAAUUGCCACUGCACUGUACUAUGUGCCAAGUGCAGCAUUGGCAUCUGCGAAUAAUGCCGAACCACCACGGUAUGAGCAGGGGGCUGAGCCACCUGUGUACAGUACACAGUACUCCCCCUUGAACACGUUCCCUCGCGAUGAGGCACGCUAUUCCCAGAGCAAUGCAAACAUGACCGAAACUUAUGACGUGCCACCAUUACCCCCCGUGGGAAAACCACAAGAACUGCCAGGCGGGUAUACCGAAGUACCACAGCAAUCAGACUAUCCACCGCAGCCAUCAUUGCCGUCAUCUGGAAACUAUUGCCACCCCGUGGAACUUCCGCAUCAGGCCAACCAGUCCUCAUGA